ACAUCUAUGUUUGUCCCAGACCCAGUAAUUUCUUUAUCGAUCACACCGAAAGUCAAAGACUCUCCAAAUUUUUCAAAAGCCCUAAAUAAAUUUCAGAAGGAAGAUCCUACCUUUCGUGUUACAUACGACUUAGAAAGUAAAGAAACUAUUAUCUCUGGAAUGGGCGAAUUGCAUCUAGACAUUUAUGUUGAACGCAUGAAGAGAGAAUAUAAUGUUGAUUGCAUAACAGGCAAACCUCAAGUGGCUUUCAGAGAAACCAUAAUGUCAACUGCUAAAUUCGAUUAUACGCAUAAAAAGCAAACUGGUGGAGCUGGUCAAUUUGGUAAAGUAAUGGGAUAUAUUGAACCAUUAAAGGAGGUAACGGAUGAAGAUGAAGAACCACUUCCAAUGUUUGAAAGUCGAGUUGUUGGCGGACAUAUUCCUUCAAAUUUCAUUCCGGCUGUCGAAAAGGGUUUCCAAGACGGUCUAGAAAAAGGUUCUUUAAUCGGACAUCCAAUUAAAAAUGUCCGUUUUAUCCUUGAAGAUGGAGCCCAUCACGCUGUAGAUUCUUCAGAACUUGCAUUUCGUCUUGCAGCGUUGUACGCAUUUCGAGAUGCAUUUAUGAAGGCCAAUCCUGUCAUUCUGGAACCUAUAAUGAAUGUAUCUGUUACAGCACCAGUUGAAUUCCAAGGGACUGUCAUCGCCAAUUUAAACAAACGAAAAGGUACCAUUCUUGAUACAGAGGUCCAAGAAGAUCACUUUGUUGUAACUGCAGAGGUUUCUUUAAAUAAUAUGUUUGGAUAUUCAUCAGAUUUAAGAAGUGCUACACAGGGCAAAGGCGAAUUUACAAUGGAGUACAAAACACAUCAACCUGUUCUACCUUAUGUUCAAGAAGAAUUAAUUAAUGAAUAUAAAAAGAAGAAAUUAGCAGAAAAAAAAUAG